AUGCGUGCCUUCAGCGCUACAGCUCUCUGCCCUCUUUUGGCACAUUGCGCUGCCCAACCUUUCAACUCCACUUCCUCCAAACUCGCAAACACCACUUCAUACGAGACACCCUGCAUCUCCUCCGCCGACGCCAUCCUCAUCGCCGACGGCUUUGGCCAGAUUCUCUCCAACUUCAGCACUUCAUGGGGCAACAUCUUGAUCGCAGACGGCUACGUCGAUCAAUCCGACAGUGUAGCAACCUUGAUGCACUCACCCAACCUCUUGGGCAAAAUCACCUUCGGGAGCAAAGAAUCCUUCCUGGCUGGCGAACAAGCACAACCAGGUGUCCCCUUCAAACUCCUCAACACCUGGUCCUCUUGCAAUGCCGUGACCUUCCGCUACGUACUCUCUCCUCCAGGUCUGGAUGUCCAGGGUAUUGCUGUCGCUGAAGUUGAAGAGGCGGAGAAGAAUGGAACUGGUGUUGGUGAGGGAAGCAAGAAAUGGCAGGUCAAGACUUUCUAUGGAGAGUUCAACUCUGCUGUCUGGUUGACUGAUUUGAAGAGCAGUAUCACUGGGUGUGAUGUCACUGGUAAUGUGACUGUUGCUUGA